AUCUGGCAUCUGCAUCUGAUCUCUUGCUUGAAAGCAAGGAAUUCUAGUCACUCUACUCUAAAUUCUAAAAAACAUCUUGAGUGGGCGGUAAAAAUAAUUGCAGUAUCGGGCGUGGUUAUUGUGCGGGCGUGGUUUGUUGUCAAUGGCAACGAAAAAAUAAAAAUGGAGGUCGAGCCAGAAUAUCUCAGCACGGAAAUUAUUGAAGGGAAUAUUGAUGUACAUCCUAGCAAGAACGCCAUAUUGAUACACUACAGUGUUGAUGCGCGAGUCCUCUCUGAGAGACUAGAAACAAUGGGAGCUGACCUUAAGCAGUGUAGGAAAACUAUUAAUAUACAAGGAUUGAGUAAAUCCACUGAUAUCCAGUCAUUGGCUGGUUUCCUGGUAUCACAGACUCCACUCAUUUCAUCAAAGAGACUACCAGAGAUAGAGCAACUCCUUAUGUACAUGUUAAACAGGAAACUGAACAAGCCUGGAUUUCAAGAAGAGAAAGAUGUUUUAUCACAGUCUUCAAGAGGAAUGUGUCAGGAAUUGGACGCAUGUCAGAGAGAAGUAAUUAAGCAAUAG